AUGGCGUUUCCUAAGGUCUUCUUCGAGAUGACCAUCGGUGGCGAACCGGCGGGAAGGAUCGUGAUGGAGUUGUACACCGACAAGACUCCGAAGACGGCGGAUAAUUUCAGAGCUCUCUGUACCGGUGAGAAAGGAGUCGGACGUAGCGGCAAGCCUCUUCACUUCAAGGGAUCUUCGUUUCACCGUGUGAUUCCCAAUUUCAUGUGCCAGGGAGGAGAUUUCACCAAAGGAAACGGUACAGGAGGUGAGUCGAUCUACGGUGAUAAAUUCGAGGACGAGAAUUUCGAGAGGAAGCAUACCGGUCCUGGGAUCUUGUCGAUGGCUAACGCUGGUGCUAACACGAACGGAUCUCAGUUCUUCAUCUGCACUGUGAAAACCGAUUGGCUUGAUGGUAAGCAUGUGGUGUUUGGCCAGGUCGUUGAAGGUUUGGAUGUUGUGAAGGCGAUCGAGAAGGUUGGAUCGUCGUCUGGUAAGCCAUCGAAGCCGGUGGUUAUCGCGGAUUGUGGUCAGCUCUAA